AUGUUUAGAGGACUGGAACUAUCAAUUGUGGUCAGCGGAUACGCAAAAAAUGACAACAGCGCGAAAAUGGCGGCCAGUGGAGGGAAGGACAUUUUGGCCGCAUCUCCUCCCAAAAUCAGUAGAGAUAAAAUCCUGUCAGAUUUCCCAUUACACUGGCACAUUUGGCAUAAAGAUUCUGCUUCGCUUGAGGAGGAACUUGCAUUAAAUAAGGUUGGUUUUACCACUUUGAAACCGUAAGAGAAAAUAUGUACGUGAAUUGAAAGUAGCGGUGUGUCGUUUUUUUUUUAAAUGCAUCAUCGUAGACAGUUUUUGAUUGCUUGUGGUUUAUCUACAGCAUAGUAAAGAGUUGGUAGAUCCUCGCGGUAGAACACCCCUUCACUUAGCGGUAACUCUGGGGUAUUUGGACUGCGUGAAGAGUCUACUUCGAAGCGGGUGUGAUGCAAACAUCAUCAAUAAAGAUGGGUGGAAUGGUAAGGUUUCUAAGCUCAUGUCGACAAGUUACAUGACCAUUUUUCUUUUAAGUGUUCUGCGUGCAGAUUUUGCUUGAGUUAUGACCUACGUUGGUAAUAAUCUCACGUAUUCUGCGUCUUUCGCAAGGGAGGUUAACAGUGAUAAACAAGUGAAAUUUCGUCAGUUCGGUGCAGUUUUUUUUUAGCAAGCAUGUUCAGUUGCUUUUACUUUAAAGUUAAAAAACCCCUAUGUAGCCUUCACAGAUCUUUAUUAAUUUAUUACUUUCAAUGAGUAGCUUUCCACUUAAUGACAUCCUAUAAAUGUCCAGCAGAAGAAAAACCAUGCAAAUUAUAUUUUAUUACCGUUGAAAGGCUUCAGGAAUAUGUUCAUUUGCCUUUACAAUGUUAAACCUGGCUUGCUUAGUUCCUCUGUUUUUAGAGAUGUGUAAACAAGGAUAUUUAAAGUUUCAGUCAGGGUUCGCACACACCUUGAAAGUCCUGGAAAGUCCGUGAAUUUUAGAAUAAAAAUUGUGAAAAAAAUCUUGAAAAUUGUAGUUGGUGCUGGAAAGUCCUUGAAUUUUGGUGCUAACUUUAUAGUCUAAGGAGAACUGCCAAGGAAAAGGAGCAAACACAGACAGAUCUUCAGGAUAAAAUUGCUUAUGGUGUGAACGAAGUAAAACAGACAUAGACUGCAGGCUUUUUUUUGCACUGAAUGGAGUCCUUGAAAAAUGGGAAAUGUGUCCUUGAAAAGUCCUUGAAUUUUUUGUUCAAAAAAGGGUACGAACCGUGUACAGUAUAUUUUGUACAUAAAGCAGCAUCACAGGUGGGGUUCUUCAUCCUUGAAAGGUAAAAAAUGGUACAGGUUAAAGAAAAGGAGAACUGCAUUUUAUUGUCCAUGCCUUGUGCCAUGGAUUAUUCUCAGCUGUCUGAACAAAAUUGCACUAGAUAGAGGAUGUAAGUAAAAUUUAUUUUUUCUAUCUCUUAGUAUGUCAUGAGGCAAUCAGUACAGGAAAUCCUGAAAUUUUAUCACUUGUUCUGCAACAUCGUGAUUUUCAAAGAGGAAGUCAAAGGCUUGCUGGGAUUCCAGAUUUGCUAGAUGAACUCAAUGCGGUAAGAAAGUUAAAAUUUCCCAUAUCAUAAUAUUCUGAUUACUGACAGCUUAUUCAUGGCAGUAUAUUUCUAACAACUACAGCGUCCUCAUACGAUCAUUUAUAUGUACAUGUUGUGGUUAAUUUUUUAUCUCAGGUAAUUUUUCUUUUUCUUUUGUUUCAGCUUUAUUAGCAUACAUUACCAUACCCAAAAACAAAAGAAAAAGGAAAAUUACCUCAGAUAAAAAAUUAACUACAACAUACAUGUAUAACCUUUUCAAUUUGCCCAAAUUAUGCUGUGGGCAUUAUUUUGUAAUGACAACCACAAGAUAAAAAGUACAUGAAGUAAGUUUUUGUGCUUAAUUUAUAUCAGGGUGCAAAGAAAGUCAUUUUUAAAGCUUGCCAUUCAGGUAAGCUGAAGGUAGAAUAUACUAGCCCAAACGUCAUUUCAACUAGCCCCAAAAACAUUUUGAUGAGCAGAAUUGAUUUCACAGUUCUUCUGUAAUUUGAAUUCCUCAAAAAACUUCACUUGCCCAUUGGGCAAGUUAAGAACAAAAUUCACUAGCCCGAUAGCAAAAUCCACUAGCCCUGGGCAAUCGGACACUACUUUCUUCGCACACUGCAUGUUCUUCUGGAAAGUUUUAAAAUUUACUUUAAGAUUGAUGUCAUUUUGCAUUAAAGAAGUUCCAGGAAACUUAACUAAUGUCUAGUAAAUGACUUUAGUUUGAGAAGCACUUACGUACUGUGCAACCAUUUUCCCUGACCAAAUCUGUCAACACUUUUGAGGAGUUUUUUUAUGAUCUUAUCCAUUAAAGAAGGGAUUUAAAGUAAUAUUAUUCCAUUUUGCUUAACCCUUUAGGCGCCAAGAGUGGCCAACAUAAAUUUCCUCCUAACAAGGCUAAGGCAUGGAUCACUAACUUAAAGCAAUGUUGCGAAGAUGCCUAUGUUAAUUUUGUAAAAAGAAUCAGUCCUGACAACAUAAUCUUCUCGUUACAUGUAAUUCACAGCAGACGUGUUCUGACUCAUCUUCAGCUUACUAUUCACAUUCAAACUGAUCAUUUACCUCCUUGCCUCUUAUACUGAUCAUUUUACUAAGUUUGUAACUGUAAAAUAUGCUACCACUUAGGGUUUUAAUUAUAUUUUGUUUAUGUAACUGACCUGUACCUGCAAUUUAGCUCCAAGCUGCAAAAGGUGUCAAUCAACAAGGCAUGCAUUCAUUCAUCAUUUAUUCAUUCAAUCAUUUGUUUAUUCCCAAGAAUUCAUCUAUAUCAAUACACAGUAAAGAGAAAAGGUUACAAGAAUCGAUAAAAUGAUCCUCGAAGGGAAAUGUUUUGAUCUUUUAUCAAAUUCUCCUAACAAAUUCGUUGAGGAAAGGUAUGGAGGUUGGUGUGGAGAAUUUGAAAGUGGAUAUUGGGUCUUGAAGGGUUAAUUUGCAGUUCAAGAUGCAGUUGCAACUGAAGUGUUACAACUUUUAACACAGGACAUUUUGUCACACCUGCAUGCCUGCAAAUUAAACCCUCUGUAAUAGCUUACUUUUUAUCUUGUAAUCUACAGACACCAGAUUUCUAUGUUGAAAUGAAGUGGGAGUUCACUAGUUGGGGUAAGACAAAGUGAAGAGAUUGUUAAUAAGUUUUGAAUGUAAAGUCCUGGGUGUAGUGCACAUUAUAGUAUCUUUGGUUAAAUAAGUUCAUCCAGAGAGAAUAUGUACCUUAAUACAAUGUAUGCAGUUAGUUGUGUUGUUGCUUUUCUUUUUUUGGUCUUACGGGAGCUACAUCACCAUUUUUUGGUAUUACUUAAUGAAACCCCUAAAAACACAUUAAUUCAAGGAAAUCAUGAAUUGAUGCAUGUUUUCUAAAUAAAUCAGGGUUUGUAUAAGUCAUGGUAAACCUGGAAAGUCAUGAAAUUUAAUUUUUGGUCCUUGAAAGUCAUGGAGAAUUCAAGUUUUGUUUGGUAGAUUAUUAGUUACUACAGAUGACAAAGCAAGGAUAAUGUGAGAUAAAGAGGAUUAUUUAGACAGCGCAAACAGCAUGCAUUUUGGUGGAUACCAGAGUUUGUAAAUCUGUUGUACUGUUGAAGGUCAAAAAAUAUGUUAAAACAAGUAAAGUUUUGAAAAUAUUUGAAAGUGACAGCUAAACAGGUCUAAGGUCAUGGAAAAAGUCAUGGAAAGUCAUGCACCUACUACUGCUCCUUAACCUUAAUAAUUUUAUUGUUUCUUUGGCUUUCAAUGGCCCAAAUGGAAACCGACUGUAACUAUAGGUAUUGUGAUACCAGUUUUUCAUCAUCUUUGCAGUACCAUUCAUGUCAAGGAUGUGCCCAAGUGAUACAUAUAAAAUAUACAAGUGUGGUAAGUAAUGAAGUUUGGGAAUAAUUAUUUAAUAAUAAUUGAUAUCAUUUAUCAUGAAUGUUCCAUACCUAGUUUAAGUCUGUCGCUUUUAGAGACAUUUCGUGUCCUUAAAACUGAGGUAUUUUUGGUAGCAAGGCUUGUGUAUAUGGAGUAUCUUCCUUGUCUGCCUGACUGUAAGUAAUGUACAUGAAUUUCAAUAAGCUUGUGAGAAUCGUCUCUUUUUGAAAUCAUUUAUUAAGUUUACUGAUCAUAAUUUUGUGAAAGAUUCUGUAUCUUCCAAAAAUUCAAUAGUGAGGUUAAUUUACCCCUUCUUAACACAGCGAGUACAAGUAGUAAAUUAAAUUAAUUAACAGUUAAUGCUGUUGACCAUUAUGAUAUGCAGGUGCAAAUGUCAGAGCAGACACUACAUUGAUUGGCUUUGACCAGAAUGACUGGCAAAGGGGAAACAGGAGUUAUGUUUUCAAGGGUGGAGGUAAAGCAUACUAUCCAAGCUCUUUUAACAGAAACUCUUAAGUAGAAAGUUCUAGAACAACCUCUGUGAUUUCCCAUUUACAUGUAUAUGAAUCACUCUAAUACACCCUGUACAAAGGUGACCAACUCUGCUUAUGUCAAUGUAGUUGGAGACACUUCUUUUGCUUCCUGCUCAAAGAGGCCUGCAUAAGAGAGGUUCAACCAUUCUGUGAUGGAGCAUAAAGUGUUACUUUGACAGUCUGUGCAAGUGUUUUUGCCUAGUAAUAUUUUUACUAUUAAGUAUCAUUUAAAGGCCUACAAAUUGAAAGGGGGAUAACUGAUUGCCUGUAUUGGGCAUCCUGGAAUUAUUACAAAAACGUUAAUGCAGUCAAAUAUGUUUUUUUUUGUUAGUUGAUGGAGGAGAAUUUUUAGAAAUUGACCAUGAUAAAAAGAGAUAUUUCAAGGAAACCCUUCGCAUCAGGUAAAUGUUGAUAGAAUGCUUGAUAAUUUUAUUUUACCUGCAAUCACUAAAUGAAUAUUAAAAUGUUUUUUAGUAAAUUGUUAUGAAUAUUUUGAUUCGUAAAAUUUUGUACAUAACAUUAAUUUUGAUUUUAUCAUGUAUAUUUGAACAAACUCCACUAACUCGUAGUCAGCAGUUACCAGCACCAGACAAACGACUUAUUGACGGACUAAAGCAAAACUAACUAUGAGAGAACAACAGGAAACUGACAAUUUGACUAGCAAUGAACAACUGUUUGCCGUGACAAUAGACAGAACAAAAUUAAACUCACCAAAGACAUUUCAGGCCUUCAUAGCCAAUAACAUCAUGGUUUAACUGACAGACAACCAACAACAUCGCGACUUAAUUGACCAAUCAGGUUAAUAACCAGAGUUAAAUACCAUAAACUGACGUGAUACAACUCACUUUGACACUUUAGAUGACUGCCCACACAGGUUGUCGAAAUGUCAGUCACUGUCAGUUAUUAAGUCCUGUUCAGGGCUACAUUCACCCAGACGAUCAUACUCAACCUACAUAUGAAAUGACAUUUGGGUUCAAGCCUUUCACAGUAUCUUCUUUGAUCAACUAAAAAAUAAAGUUUACUUUGUCAAAUGACCUGUACUUGUAUUCAGUGUUGUGAAGAAUACUGUUGUGAUAGUAAGAGGUUACCUUGUUUUAUUAUAAGGGAUGAUUUCCGUGAUCUGGAUGCUCUCAAGCCUAGUGAUGAUGCUGUGAAUGUCAGACUCACGACACCAUCUGUAGCAACGAUGCUUAACACAGAUAACAUAGCAUUUACAAGGUAUUCAUACUUUCAUUUUUUUUUUAAAUUUUGAAGCCCUCUGCAAGUUUUAUUAGCAUCCUGUAUCGCUGAUGAUACUGGUAAACUUGAGGAAAAUUCAGUCUUUUUUCCUACUGUUAACAGUUACAUGUAAAAUACUUGGUUCAUUCUGCUGUAUCAUGUGCUAGGGAAUGACUCUUAUUGAUUGGGAACAGAUUGUUUAUUAUUUGAAUCAGAAAGUUUAAUGGACAAUAAAAAUUUCCACUGGUUUCCUCGUUCAAAAGGACAAAUUUCCUGUUGAUUGGAUUCUCAAUGACGUCAGUCAAAACUUCACUUUCAAGAGACACUGUAAGUUUCAAAUGUUUAAAAUAACUUUACGGUCAAACAGCAAGAGUUUGAAGGAGAAAUUAGGGUAACAAAACAAGAAGUUGUUUAUAAUAAUUAUUCUCAGAAAUUUCAAAAGACCACAAUGGAUGAUUUCCUAUGCCUUCACUUUUGAAUAUUGUUAUAAUGACUUUGAGAAUGUUUUACCUCAGGCACAAGACCAUGUGGGGAUGGGGUGGGGACAAGACAGAAGUGGUGAAUGGGUUUGAGUGUAAAGUGUUCACAGCUACUGGAGUGGAAGUACUCACUAAAACAAGAGUAGAACAUUUGAAUGCCGAGGAUAAACAAACUGCCCAAAGUAAGUUGUAACAUCUUGACAUUUUUAGUCAUAAACUACGGCCCCCGGACGGUGUAGUGCAGUAUUAUGACCUUACUGCAUGGAAAGAACUCCCUUAUCACUCUUUCUCUUGGUCUUCAGCCAGUCAUGACUGUGCAAUAAAUGGAAUUUAAUGCAGUUAAUGAUAAGGAAUGUCAUCUUUUGUUGUAAGUCACCGGCCUUUUUGGUGGCACAGAUGCAGUCAGCCUUGCUUUUAUCGUCUCUAUGUGUUGUGUCUGGUACAGGGUUUCUUAGCAGCCACUGGCUUCAUUAGGCAUUUAGAUCUUACGUUAACAGCUGUACCCCCACCCUCCCUCUCUUCAUUUUCCUUUUCUUGAUUUCCCUGUCUGGACUGGCAGCCAUGAUCAGGAAUUUGAAAUGAAAUAAAUAAAGCUGCUCUUCUUGUUUGUUGAGGAGACUAUGUGAGUUAUUUGCUGCUAUCCAUUGUUUAUGAAAUCAUCCUUGUGUAUCUACAUGUAUGUGUAAAUAUCUCUUCACACACAAUUUGUUAUAAUCUGUCAUCUUGUAAUUAUUCUUUUAUUUUGUAAUUUGGAAAAUGUAAACGUACCAGCUGGUAUAAGACCUCAAAUAAAUAUUUGUCUCGUCUUGUUUUGUCCUUGAAAAGCACAUUGAUUUAUUUUGCUUGAAUUAGCACGAUUAACAACUCUGUCGCCUGGUGGAGGAAGGUACCCAGGAUGUUCAGGGGCUUCCGCCUUUGGCAAAGCUAGUGCCUGGAUGUGGCCUUCCAGCCAUGAGUCUCCAUGCCAGUGGAAGCAGGGACCUGUCAAACUGAUUUAUCAGUGGAAAAAUAAAAGGGGGAGGGCAAGUGGGGGUAAAUGCACAAUCAGGCACAUGGAGCUGAUGGAUUUUAUUGACCCAUAGAUCAUUAAAGAAUUGAAUUAGUCAGUUGUUGCUGCAUUCCCGUGUACAUAAUGACCAGUGGAACUUCACCAAUAACAGAAAGAUUGGAAUCUCUAUUAAACCCUCUCCUGUCUAAUCCACUGAUUUGUUUUAAUCAUUCAAUUUUCCUUCCAUAGACACCAAUGACACUUUUGCUGCAAAUGGUCUUCAGACCCUACUGGGAAUUGAGGAGGAGAAUUUUUCAGCUAAUGUAGAGGUGACAUACUGAGAUCAUAAUUUUAUACUAUAACAGAUAUGUUGUUAUUUUAAGAUUUACAACUGGGCUGGGUUGUUGAAAGCUGGGUUAAGAUAACCCAGGGUUAAUGCAAAAUUUGAAGUCACAUAGGAAAUUAAAGCUUAAAAGGACAUUAAGUUUUAAGGCCUGGGAACAACAACACGCUAUCCGCUACUACGCCACUAAUGACUAUGCUACUAUGGUAUUAUUACAACCUGCCUUUUAUUUUUUAUACUACGUAACUACGAGUAGUAGAACUGUAGUUUCAAAAAUCUACCUCAUAAAAUGUGCCUCUCAUGCAAUUUGAUGAUUGUCUGAUGCAAAAAAAAGGAGAAAAUUACAGUGUAUCUGAGAAAAUGACUUUGGACAAAAAGAAGAAACUCAGAUUAAAAUCUAACCCCAGGUUAGUGCUAAUUGGCAUUUGAACAACAGGGCCCUGGGCUUAAUAUUAACAGUUGUGCUUUUUUAAGGAAUGACUUGAUUCACAUUGUCCCACUAUGGUUUGCGUAUUUUUAUUUCUUGUUGUUUUAUCACCAGGAGGAACAGACUGGAGCUAUUGUAGAUCCUUCAUCUUCUAACCCUUAUCAUAUGAGUAUUGAGGAAUACUUUAACCCCUCUACAGAACAAAAUACAAGAGGUAUGUGUGCAUACAGUGUGGGUGGUAUUAGCCAGUGUACAGCUGUUAUUGGGACCAAUGGUAUAAAAAUAUACAAAAGCAGCAAAAUGCAUGGCUCAAAAUUGUGACUGAUACGGUUGCCAGUGCAACUAACAUUUUCUCCUUGGUGACUUAAAAUUCUGGUUAAGUCACCACUUUGGCCACUUUGGGGACUAGAUUUCUCUAUGAUUUAGAUUUUAAUAAAAAGGGUAAAGUUAAAACAAACAUUUCAUCUUAUUUUGCUUUGCUUUUGUCAUAAAAAAUGUGCCAAAUUGCAUAAACAAAGCCAGUUUACCUCCAAAUUUAUACAGACUACUGUAUAAAUCAUGGAUCAUGCCAUACAAUGAAUGAGCUAUGUCAUUUACAUCAUACAAACUGAGGGUUAAAAAUUUACAUCUGGCAACCUGAGGAUUUUUUUAAUUUCGAGCCCUGAUUCUUGCUAGAGUGCAUUCAGUAACAUGUAACUAGUAUUAUUUUAUUAGCAGACCUACAGGUAUGUGGCCAGAAUAUGCUGCACUUCUGCAAAUCCUCAGAUUGUUUUAAAUACCCAUGAAAAUCCCUACUUAGAUCAAACACACACUAAUAAUACAAAUUUUUAUCACCCCCAUGACUUGAAAUCUGGAGUACUCCCCCCUCCAGGGCUCAUUAUGGUUAUUUCCAUUUCUAAAUAUUUUGAUGUUUGCUCCUGUGUUGCUGUUAUUUAUUAUUUAUUAUUAUUAAUUUUAAUAUCUUAUUCUUGAAGAAAAAUUAAUUAUUGGAACCUUCAAAAAUAUUCUUACAAAUACUGCACAGUGUAACUAACAGAUAUUUUUAUUGAUGAACUUGUUUCUACUGACAAAACAGAUAUUGGCAAGUUGAAGGAAUUGUCAGUAAAGAAGCAAAAGUUUAAAGCCACCAUUUCAAUGGCUGAUAAACACCCUUUGUCUCUUCGAGAUCAAGUACUUCCCAUUGUUAAAUUAUUGGUGAGUAAUGGACAUGAGACAGAGUAGAUCUAGUGCUAUGACCUACGACUCUAGUGACUGUAUGAAAUAGUAAAAUUUAACUGUAAAAAAAUGAUAUUAUUCAGUGGUAGCACAUCCACUUACAGUGAUUCUCCAUUUCCCAUAUGUUUCUGAUUAAAUUGCAAUUUGAAAAAUGCUGAUUGUUGAGGAUAGCUUCUGGGUAGAUUAGAGUACCAGGAAGAAGAACCUUGGAGCAAGAAAAAGAAAUAGCAACAAUAAUUUUAACCUUUAUAAACAUGCUAUUAUCUAACUGUAAUCACCUCCAGAAUUACACCCCUGGACCUGGUUGUUCAAAGUAGGAUCAAGAUAAUCCCCCCACCCCCAACCAGGAUACAGGUGUAAAUGCAAAGACUUACAAAGUAAAUUCCUGUUGAGAUCUUUUGCCUACCCUUUGUUCUCAUAAAUGACUAUCGUCAAAAUGAACAGAAAAACUGCUUCUGAACAAAAGAGGAACACGGAUUAAAGUUUAAUCCCUGGUUAGUGAUAAUUGAUAUUGGUCUUUGAACAACCACUCAGGCCUGAUGAAACAGGAACUUUGAGUUUAUUGAAUGGCUUCAAAAUCUUCUGCUGAAAAAUGACUUUCCUGCACCGAUAUUUAGAUUUGGGUUAUUUUGGUCUGAAAAAUUGGACGUAAAGUUUAGCCCUGGUUAUAUCAGAUAUAAAGAAACCAUUAAACAUUGCUUCAGUCGGCAUACUGUUAGAUCCUCUUCUUGUUUUGACCCCGGUUAGCAUAAUAAUAAUUAUUAUUAUGAUUUUAAUGUGAAUUGUCAACAAUAAUUUAUGGUAAUCCAUUGUUUUACAGGCUAUCAGCAACACUCAUUUUGCAAAGCUGAGGGAUUUUAUUGCUCUUCAUUUACCAGCUGGAUUCCCAGUUAAAAUAGGUAAGUGUAGAAUCGUAUAGUAUACAGUCAACUCUCUCUAAGGCGGACACCUUUGGUACCAGCACUAACUGUCCGUCUUAGAGAGGUGUCCGUCUUAUAGAGAGUCAAAUAAAAGGAAGUAAAGAAAGGCAGGGACCAACUCUAGGUGUCCGUUUUACGGAGGUGUCCGUCUUAUAGAGGUGUCCGUUAAGAGAGAGUCGACUGUAGUUCUAUCCAAUGUUUGAACAACUGGGCCAGCAUUCAACUGAGUCAACUCUGCCACAUUCAAUUCUAUAGGUCUCUAAUGAAUACCUUGCUCUCUAUUUAGAUUCCUCUUGAGGAUAAAGAUUCUCUUUCUUUGACUUUUUAUUGUAUAGCUACUGUAAAGACAAAUUUGUGUGUACUUCCAUAUUGUAACAGUCAACUAUUAAACUUUUUACUUAUUUAUUUAGAAAUUCCACUGUUUCAUGUCCUCAAUGCUAAGGUAACAUUUGGUAAUAUUGGUGGAGGAGAAUCCCCAGUGUCUGGGGUGCAUGCAAUAAAAGUUGAUAUCAAGGAGAUUGAUGAGAACAAUGGGACCUUUGCUGCAGAGCAGGAUGAAGCAGAAGCAGCUGCUGUCUCAGGAAUGGCUUCAAGAUGUGUCAUAGAGACAACUUGUUUUGAUGCCCCAGUAGGGUACAGAGAGGUUAAUCUGGAUCAGCAUCCUACAGGUAAGUAUAAGUUCUAAUAUUAUUAAAGUUAUAAACAACUUCAUGGCUAGAUGGAGGUUGGGUGCAAGUCCAGGGUAUCCAGGGGCUUUGACUUGUGACAGCCCCAUAGAUUGAAUAUUGCCCCCAUGGCUGGUACAAUGGUGCUACCCAGCCAUGAGCCCCCAUUAAAAGGAAACAAACAGGUAGCUGUCAAAGUGAAAAAAAUAAGUGGAGAAAAUGUAACAGUACAGGGAGGGAAGUGGGGGAAAACUAGCUGGACGAAGCCUUGUGGCAAGAAAACACUGCAUGAAGGAAACUCUGACCAUAUGCCACCAAAUCAUGUGAAAGAUGACAGUUGUAGUGAACUACCCUAAACCACGACCACUGAAGGCACUCUUACAGUGUAAUUUAAAUUGCAUCUGAAUACUUUAUAUUCCAUACACAGCCUCAGUUGAUGUUUUAACUUGACCUGGAAGACACUCAUUCUCACAGUAAUGGCCUUAAAUUAUUAAUGAAAAAAAAUUAGUAUUAAUACGCUAUUUCUUACUGAUGAUCACCUGAUCUUGGCAGCUCCUCUCAGGGAUGAGGAAGAUGAGAUGCUUCAGCUAGCAAUACAGCAGAGUUUAUUGGAAUACCAGCAGAACCCUGAACAGAGAGUGACGCUACAGGCCUUAACAGACAGUCAACAGGAAACAGAGGAUGACCUUCAACGGUAAAUGUUAGGCCUAGGCUGUCAUAAAGUGUUAUGUAAUAAUCAAACUGAACACUUUUAAUGAUUUAUUAAAAGUGUCACAUACUAGCAUAAGUGUUCUAGCCUGAACUUAUUUAAUAUUUAUUUAAUCACUUUCACCAUGGAUAUACUAAGAUAUGACUAGGAUAAAAUACAGAUUUGAGCAAAUUACAAGAAUGCCAGAGACAAUGGUGCAAGACACACAAAAGAGCAUGGCUCCAAAUUAAGUGUGCCCUUAAUAAUAAUACACAUUCAAAUACUAAAAUGUAAACAUUUAAAACGUUAUAAGAAGUAUAAACAUCCUAUUUCCAAGUGGUAUAAGAACAGUUCACUCCCGCAGCCAUUAAAAAGUGUCAUUAGCAGCAGUUGCCAGCUAAUAGAAGAUUAAGUGACAUGCUGCAUUUGCAGCAGAUUGACUUCCAGGUGUUAAAGUUAGUGACAUCGUAGUGUGCACAAAAAGCAGCAGAAUAGCAUUGGAGUAGUGAGAAUUGAACUUGUUAAGAGAGGUAAGAGUAUGACUGGAUUCAGGUAGAGCAUUCCAGAUUUUAGUAAUAUAGCUGAAGUAACUAAAUUGAAAGAGCUUUGUGCGGCACUUAGGAAUUAGUAAGUCUUGAUGAGAGCUGUGGCGAGUGGGAAGAGUGCCUUUAUAUGUAGGCUUGACAUAAUCAUCUAUGGGUAAGGAGUAGUAGCCACUGCAACACUUGAAAUAAAAAAUUAGGUCUUCCACUUCAUCCCAGAUGUUAACGGCAGCAUAUUGAGGCAAGAAAGGUGCUCAUGAUAGUCAGAUACGAAAUAUACUCCUGCCAGUGCCUGUUCAAGAUGCAUUUUGUUGCCCUGCAUCGAAGACUCUCUAUUUUUGUUGUACUACCUAUCGUUCUGCGAGCCAAUACGUCACUAGCAUAGCCAAUACAUGAUCCUACAAACAGGAUCAUGGUAAUUCCCAAUGGUCUGUAGUGAAUGACAUAACACUAUUGAGCUGCAAAAAUGCGAGCAUGCUAUUUGCUUUUGCUCUAAGAUAGUGUUAAUGUGAGUGUCCCAUGUGAGGUCUGGUGAGAUAGUCACUCCAAGGUCUUUUACACUGUACUUCAGUGACAUUUUUAAGUGAGUUGUUCAAUUUGUAAUUGUAGCAAAAUGGGUGGCACUUACAUAGGACGAUUAGUACCUCACAUUUAUAGGUGUUCAUUGCUCCAGUGUGAGUGACUCACAGUCUUGUAGACUUUCAAUGAUGCCGGAACAUUUUGAUUCAUCCGCAAAGAUCGCGAUACGAUUAUAAAUCACCAGUGGGAGAUCAUUCACAUAAGCUAAAAACAGCAGAGGAUCAAGGAUGCUGCGCUGAGGAACUCCUGAUGGAACUGGAGUAUGGCUUGACGUGAAACCGUGGACCAAGCACCGCUGAAUGCGUCCACCUAGAUAAGUCUCGAAUCACUGCAGAAGUUUGCCGCUGACUCCAUACCGGGAGAGUUUAAGAAGCAGCCUUUGGUCAGAGACACUGUCAAAGAUCCAAAUACACAAUGUCCAACAGCAAGAGCUUAUCUAGAGACUGACCAAUUUCGUGAUAAAAUGCCAACAGCUGUGUGACCAUUCAGCGACCAUGAGGAAACCGAUGUUGUGCAUUAUUAAACAAAGGACAAAGAAAUUCCUUGAAGUGCUUGAAUAUGCAUUGUUCUAAUACUUUGGAUAUAAUGCACAAAAAGACAGAUGGGUUGCACAACAGAGAGAUGGCUACACAUUACAUUGUUUUGUGUGAAAUGAUAGUGUCAAGCAGAGUGAAUCAAAUUCAUUGGUUAUUAUUCAGUGUGGUUGUUAUUAUUACUGUCAUUGUCACUUGAAUAUUUCUGAACUCUCAGUUAUGACAAUAGUAAUGCAUAGCCAAAAGUCUGUUAUAUCAGUGGUUAUGCAUGAAACCUAGAAAAUGAUAAUAUUGUAAGUGCUAUUCUCAGUAGUUUUUAUUUUGUUUGACAUUGUAUCCUGAUAUGAUGCACACGAUGCUUACAGUUUGCAUACAAAUUUUGUAAGGUCAAAAAUGGUAAAUACUCAGACAUUUCCUGGAUGGAUCCCAGCUGCUUCCUGUGAUAUGUGACGUUAAGGGAAACUGUUCUCUACAGUACUACAAGCAGACACCAGUACACUGAUAAUGAUGCAAUCAAAUAAAAAAAAAGAGCCAUCAUCAUACACCAUACAUCAUCGUACUCGUGUCAAAAAAUGCUAAGUUAUUAAUAUUUUUUAUUUGAAAUUUUUAAAUCUAGCUAAAAAAAAAUAGAUAAAAUGUUGUAUUUCUGAGGCCUGAGCCCAGCGUUCAGUUUUCAUUUCACUUCUUUUGUUGACAGGGCCAUAAGGGAGAGCAUGAGAGAAAGUGGUAUUGAAGGAAAUGACCAACCAACACAAAAUCUGUCUGAAAACAGACAAGCUGGUGAUGGAGCUGUCAGUUAUGAUGAAGACUUACAGUUGGCCAUGGCAUUGUCAGAACAACAGCUGCAAGAAGAUGAGCGACUAAGAAAACAAGAGGAAGAGGAACUUGAGAAAAUCAUCCAGCUGUCUCUUCUAGAUAAGUAAACUAAGCAUCUACACUGGAGAUUCUCUUUACUGUAUUGAUAGGUAUUUUUUAAACUCUUUUUGAGAGAAUUUUGAUUUAAAUCCUGCUUUUAUAUCUUUUACUUCUUAUUAUUUUGAAUUGUUGAAAGGUUGGGGAAGGUGUAAGUACUUCCCUCCAGUCAACUUGUUAGAAGGGUAAAUUUGUUAUCUUUAUGGAUAUUUUUUUAAUUUGCCCUCUGGAUAAACUGUCAUAAUCAACACGUUUCCACUAUUGUACAUUUUAUGGUGUCAUUUUGAACAACAAUAUUAUGAUUUGAGGUAGGGAGGAGAGAUUGUAAACACAGUCAUAUUUUUGUUUGUUUAAUUAGAUAUAUUUAUUUGGGUCAACAUUGGUUGAGUAAACCUUUACAUGGAAGGUCCAGAAACACAUGCAGCUGACUACAUGUAGGAAAAACAUUGUCAAAAUACAUGAUAGUUUAAACCAGUCAC